AUGACGAGUAUCAAAAGGAAGUUGGAACGGCAGCAGGGCUUGGUGGUGCCGAGUGUUCGACGAGGGGGUGGUUUGGCGCUUCUAUGGAAAAGCUCUACGAAAGUUGAUGUCCAGACAUACUCUCCGCGUCAUAUUGACGCCAUUGUAACUGAAGAACAGGGGAAAAAGAAGUGGAGGUUUACUGGAUUCUAUGGCAACUCGGAGACAAACAAAAGAGAGGAGUCGUGGAAGUUGUUGGAACAACUGAGCAAGUCUUGUGAUCUUCCAUGGGUGUGCAUGGGGGAUUUUAAUGAGAUAAUGCAUUCUAGUGAAAAAGAAGGAGGUAGUGCACGGCCAGAAGGGCAGAUGAGAAUUUUCUGUGAGACAGUAAACAAGUGUAAUCUGAGGGAUAUGGGAUAUAGUGGUCCAGAUUUCACGUGGAGUAGGCGUUUGGGAUCGCGAGGUUGGGUUCGAGAGAGGCUUGACAGAGCUUUUGUGUCCACAAACUGGACUUCGAGUUUUCCACGAGCGCAGCUUUUCCAUGUGACAACGUCUGCAUCAGACCACUGCAUGCUAGUUCUCAAGGCAGACAAUACGAGACGACGAAACUUGCGACGACCAAAACUCUUCCGGUUCGAAGCUAUGUGGUUGAGAGAUGAUCGAUGUGAUGAGAUAGUUACAACGGCAUGGGAGAGAGGAGUGUAUGGGGGGUCGGAAUGGCCGUUUUCAAAGUGCAUGGAGGAGUGUCGUACUUCCCUUGUGUCUUGGAACAAAAACACGUUUGGGAAUGUAGGGAGGAAAAUAUCAUCUUUACAGAGAAAGAUCCAAUACUUGGAAGAGAAAGGUGGUAACAAUGCAGCCAUGGAAGAUAUUCACAAAACAAAGAUGGAGUUGAACAAAAUGAUAAGGGCAGAGGAGGACAUGUGGCACCAAAGGUCGAGAAAUUGCUGGCUGAAAUCUGGGGAUAGUAAUACAUCCUUCUUUCAUACCAAAGCAUCAAACAGAAACCAAAGAAACACGAUUUCAAAAAUCAUGGAUUCUAAUGGUGUUUGGCAAGAUGAAGACGUGAGGAUAGGCAGUGUCUUUGUGGAAUAUUUUGAGAAGUUAUUCACAUCGUCACAACCUGUGGUAAGUGAUGAGAUGCUUGAUGCACUACAUCCCAAAGUGUUAGACAGAAUGAACUCUAUGCUCAUCCAAGAGUUUCAAGCUCACGAAAUGGUGAGAGCAUUAAAACAAAUGCACCCAAUGAAGGCGCCUGGACCAGACGAGCGACUCAUCACGGACAAUGUGCUGGUAGCUCAUGAACUAAUGAACCAUAUCAACCGAAAGCGGAAGGGGAAGACAGGUGAGGUGGCGCUGAAGCUAGACAUGAGCAAAGCAUACGACAGGGUGGAGUGGGAAUGCCUACAACUGAUAAUGAGGAAGCUUAACUUUCAUGAGAAGUGGAUCCGUCUGAUCAUGAGUUGUGUGUCUUCGGUAACAUAUGCAGUGCGAGUCAACGGGGUUCCCUACGGGCAUAUUUCGCCUACACGUGGAUUGCGUCAAGGGGACCCCCUGUCACCAUACUUGUUUAUUAUUGUAGCUGAAGGUUUGUAUGCAUUACUACAUAAAGCUGUUCGAGAAAAGAAGCUGAAGGGUGUGGCAGCUUCGGCAAGAGGCCCAAGAAUAUCACACUUAUUCUUCGCCGACGAUAGUCUCAUAUUUGGAAGGGCUACUACAAUGGAGUGUACUGAGAUACAGAGGUUACUCAAAGUUUACGAGUCAUCCUCUAGACAACAACUGAACCGGAGCAAGACAUCGAUGUUUUUCAGCCCCAACACGGACAUGAACAUGAAGGAGUCACUUAAAGCUAUGUUCGAUGCACAGGUUAUUCGAACUCAUGAGUCAUAUCUCGGGCUCCCUUCAUUGGUAGGCAAGUCAAAAAGGAAUAUGUUCGCUCAGUUGAAACAACGGGUAGCAAAUAAAGUCUCGGGCUGGAAAGAAAAACUUCCCUCUAGUGCUGGGAAGGAAGUAUUGAUCAAGGCAGUGGCUCAAGCGGUGCCAUCAUACACUAUGAGUUGCUUUAAACUUCCUAAUAAACUGUGCGAGGAGCUAACAGGUAUGGUGAGACAAUUCUGGUGGGGACAGGUGAAAGAUGAAAGGAAGCUAGCUUGGAUGAGCUGGGAGAAGAUGUGCUUGCCUAAGGAGAGAGAUGGGAUGGGGUUUCGGGACCUAAAAACAUUCAACCUUGCUCUCUUAGCAAAGCAAGGGUGGAGGCUACAGACAAAUUCAUCCUCACUGUUUUAUCGGGUAUACAAAGCCAAGUACUUUCCUCGUUGUGAUUUUGUGGAUGCGGAGUUGGGUGGACAGCCAUCUUAUGCCUGGAGAAGUAUUCAUGCAGCUCAAGCACUGGUAAGAAGAGGUCUAAGGUGGCAGGUGGGUAAUGGGGAAGAUAUUAGAAUAUGGGGGGAUAAAUGGCUCCCUACGCCAAAAACAUACAAAGUGGUAACACCCGAGAGAGGAAACUCACAGGUAACAAUGGUAAGUGACCUCAUAGAUGCUGAGAGCAACGAAUGGAAAAUCGAUGUGGUGCAUCAGAAUUUCCUAUCUCAGGACGUGGAGGCAAUUUUAAGUAUCCCGUUGUGCGCUAGUGGUGCUCGGGAUAAGAUAGUUUGGGCAGAGGAUAAGAAUGGGAGGUUUUUGGUAAGGAGCCCAUACAAGGUGGCUAUGAAGGAUGGUGUGGAUGGUGGAAGAUCGAGUUGCUCCAGUCAAACUGAGUUGAGGAAGGUAUGGAAGGGUUUAUGGGGCAUGAACCUACCAAACAAAGUAAAACACUUUGCAUGGAAAGCUUGCAGGAAUAUUCUGACCACGAAAGAAAAUUUAUGCAAGAGGAAAAUCACGUCCAAUGAUAUUUGUGAUUGGUGUGGGACCCAUACUGAGACUGUCAGUCACCUUUUUUGGUUUUGUGAACAUGCUAAAACAAUUUGGUCGUCAAGUAAAUUGAUUAUACCUUUCCAGGUGUUGCCAUCGUGGGACUUUAUGGAGGUCAUGUGUCAGGCACAACAGUGGAGCGUCUCUUUGCCGGGUUUGGUGGAGCGGACUGUUAUGGUUUGUUGGGGAAUAUGGAAAAAUCGGAAUGAGUUACAUCAUGGUGGAAAGGGUAGGACUGGUAGCGCUGUUGUUCGAGGUGCUUUAUUGCUCCUUGAGGAGUAUCAGAGAGCAAAUGAGAGUUCCAAGGUCGCUGGGGAAAGGAUGUCUCUGACUGUGCAGUGGAGCCCACCGGCGCAGGGGAGUUAUAAGGUCAAUGUUGAUGGUGCCGUGUUCACCAAAUGCCAGCAAAUGGGUAUAGGCGUGAUCAUUAGAAAUGACAGAGGGGAGGUGAUCGCUGCGAUGUCCAAGAGGAUGGCGGUUCCGUUAGGUGCGUUGGAGACGGAAGCGAAGGCAAUGGAGACAGCAGUUCGUUUUGCCGCAAAUGUAGGAAUAAGGGACGCGAUAUUUGAAGGUGACUCGCUUACGAUCUACAACGCACUCCAUGGUCUGAGCUCGCCGUCGGCAGCCAUCCAGAAUAUUGUCACCGGUAUACUCCGACAAGCCCAAAGCUUCAGGACCUUCGCCUUUUCACAUAUCAAACGGCAGGGGAAUGUCCCAGCCCAUGUACUGGCCCAACAUGCUUGUAACGUAGAUGACUAUGUCACUUGGCUGGAGGAAUGUCCUAGCCAAAUUGUUUCUGCGUGUGCUCAAGAUGUACGUGUUUCUCAUGCUUCAGAAUAA